AUGCCCGGCUUCGACCGCCCCGCGCCGUCGACCGCGACGCGCCUCGGCCCGUCGUUCCCGUGGCAGGAAGAGAACGCCUUGCAGCGACACUGGACGCUCGCGGCGCGGGGGAAGGCGCCCGCGCGCGACGAAGGACCCGACGCCCCACUCGACUUGGACGCGUGGAUCAGGCGCGUCCGCGGCGACGACGACGGCGACGACGGACGCGCCGGGAGCGCGAGCGCGCCGCGCGGCGCGGAGGAGGAGGAGGAGGAGGAGGAGGAGGCGCGCGUCGAGCCCGCGGCGCGCGGCGGGGACGAAGAAGACGGCGACGCGCGCGGCGCGAACGAUGAGGAUGUCGCCGCGAGCGGGGGCGCGGCGCGCGAUUGGAACAACCCCGCGCCGCCGAGCUUGGAGGACGUCCUCGCGUCCGGGGCGAUGAAGCGCGACGCGACCGUCGCGCAGAGCCUCGCGGGGGGGUACCGAAGGUUCUACUGCGAGGACGCGUACUAG